ACAGUCGCCUCAGAAAAUAAUUUCUGACGUAAAAGCUGCUGAAUCUUUGGCUUUGUGUCGGCUUCCUCCUCUGGCUGCUGCAGGACUCGGAGCUUCACUUCAGUUUGCUUUGAACUCAUAGUGGUGGGUUUCAUUUGUUUGUCUGUUCUCUCCGGUGGUCAAUAUGCUCCAUCAUUGUUUUAUCGUGAUCUGUGCCCUGCUCUCAUUGGCCAUACCCCUGCUGGUCGCCAUGGAGUCCUGCCCAGCAAUAGGGAUGCCCGGGAUGCCAGGUAUUCCUGGACUGCCCGGCAGAGACGGUCGUGACGGAGAGAAAGGACAGAAAGGACAGCCAGGAGCAGAGUGGCACGGCGGCCUCGUCCCACAGAAGGGAGAGAAGGGGGAGCCGGGGCUGACAGGAUUCGCUGGUAAACGAGGUCAGAGCGGGGAACCAGGAAAACCAGGGGGCCCAGGGAUUGACGGACCUCUGGGAGAACCAGGAGAACCAGGGACUGCAGGAGUCCAGCAGCAGGCGGCCUUCAGUGUGGCCAGAGGAACCAAUGAUUACCCGGACAAAGCCAGCGUCAUUCGGUUCACCAACGUCAUCACCAACAUCAACGAUGACUACAACACAGCGACAGGACACUUCAGGUGCCGGGUCCCAGGAACGUACUACUUUGUGUUCCACGCCUCUUUAGAGGACCGACUGUGUGUGCUGAUGAAGCUGGAUCAAACACUGCUGACAUCGUUCUGCGAUCAUCGUCGCAGCAGGAGACAGGUGACUGCCGGCAGCCUUGCUGUCUACCUGUCGAGGGAUCAGGAGGUCUGGCUGGAGACUAAAGACUACAGAGGGAUGAGAGGAAAGCCGGCCGGUUACAGCAUCUUCUCCGGCUUCCUGCUGCACGCUCACUGACCCACAGGCCGAGAAACACAAAACAGUCUUUUUCCUCACUUUUUCUAAACAGUUUUACAGCAACACUCCAAGGCUGAAACUUCAGGCAAAAUAAUUUCUUCCCUUCCUUCCCUCUGACCCUUUAACCUUUUUAAAAAGUACAUAUUAGUUACUUUUCAUUUUGCCUUUAUUUAACUAUUAAGUCUCUUUGUGAUUAAAAUCUCUUUUCAAGAGAGUCCUGGCCAACAGGGAAGCAGAAAAACAUUUGUACAACAAAAAAUAAGGUAAAAACAAUACAAUUUAAAAGCAAACACAUUGACUAAGAGUGCUAUUUUCCAGAUCAUUUGAUAUAUCUAUGAAACUUGACUUAAAUUCACCAACAGUCGUCAGCUCUGACGAUUUCAAGUCCUUCUGUACAUUGUUGGUGGAACGGGAAGCGUAUUUAAAAGCUUUCUGUAGAAUAUCGUGAAAACGCAGGCCAGAUUGGUUUUGAUCUGUAUGUAUACAGGGAAGGAGGAGCCUACUGAAGUGCAUUGCAUUUACCAAAGAAAAACUAUCGGAGACCUUAUCUCGUAAUUAGGACAAUCUCAUAAUAACGAGGUCAGGUGUUACACCGUAUUCUCUGACCCAUCCGAUUCUGUAUUGCCUCUGCAAACAUUUUUAUCAUAUUUUAUCACAUACUUUAUUUUGACAGCUGUUACCAAACAUGAUGGAACCACAGUACUUAGAAAGGGUCACACAUUUUGAUGGCUGUGAUUUUGCUGUGCCGAAAUGUGUGACUCAUCAGAUUCUGUGACACCUGGUCAUCAAUUAUGCAAAAAAGACCAAAUUACUCACUAAUAUCCAUUUUUAAGCAGAUGACACAGUCUUGUAUGCUUUGGACUCCUCUUCAACUCAAGCUAUAUCAAGAUGUGUUUUAUUCUCAAGAACCCAUUAUUCCAGUUUUUAUCAUCCUGCAUCCAUACAUGUGAUGGUACUGUAUGUAAUAGUCCAGUUCUUAUAUCUGAAUAAAGAACAUUUCUGUCUUGAGGACAGGAAAAUUAUUCAACCAUCAUGACACGACCCAAUUCAAUCUGUUGAUUUUAUUUUCUGUCUGUCAGUAAACAGAUCAUUUGAACUGGAAAACCCAAAACACCCAAAUAAACUGCUUGA